AAUUUUAUUAAAAGAAAUUUCUAUUUAAUAAUAUAAAAUAAAAAUCAUGACGGAACCGAUUACAGUAGUUACAAAUCGAGUUUGUCGUAUUUGUUUAAUUCCGAACGGAGAAUUUUCGGAUAUCUACAUGUUUUCAGCUGCUAUAAUGGAAUGUGCACCAGUAAAUAUUGCACCUGGAGAUGGAUUACCUUCAUUAAUUUGCGAAACUUGUUUGAAUCGUUUACAAGCAGCCCAACAGUUUCGUGUCCUUUGUAUUCAGUCCGAUAUAACAUUAAGACGAAAUGGAGGGCAAGUUACGACUAAUUAUCCAACAGCAAAUACACCUGCAACCGAAAAUACUUAUGUUGAAUUUACGAACGAAGAGAUUUCGAAUACUCCGAAACUUGAAAAUGAUUUCAUGCAAGACGAUAAUGAUUUUAUUUUACCAACAAUAGAAGAUUCAUCAGCCGAAACUAAGCCUACAAUGACUACACCAGCAACCACAAAAAAUAAUAAUAGACCAACCAAAAAAGUAACAAAUUAUAGACCGUCUAACGCAAAACGUAGCUUUAUUUGUAAUUAUUGUUAUAAAAGUUUUGCACGUGCUUACGACUUAAUUAUCCAUAAAAAAGUGCAUACGGGUGCAAAACCAUAUAUUUGUAAUUUUUGUAUGAAAAAAUUUGGCAAAGAAAGUGAUUUAAAAAAACAUAUCCGACGUAUGCAUAUGGGUGAACGUCCCCAUAAAUGUGGUGUCUGUAAUAAAAGUUUUCUAAAAUUAUGUCAAGUAACUGUGCACAUGCGUAAACAUACCGGUGAAAAACCGUACAAUUGUGAAGUAUGUAAUAAAAAAUUUAUACAUAAGUUUAGCUUAAAAACUCACAUGUACUCGCAUACCGGAUUAUAUCCGUAUGUUUGUGAUGUGUGUAGCAAAGGUUUCAAUCAUACAUAUGCCUUAAGUUUACACAUGCGUAUUCAUACCGGUGAAAAACCGUUUGGUUGCGAUAUGUGUUCGAAACGAUUUGCAACCGUUCAUAAUUUAGCAACCCAUAAAAGAGUUCAUUCUGGUAUUAAACCAUUUGUUUGUGAGAUUUGCAAUAAACGAUUUAGUCAAAAACCAAAUUUAACAACUCAUUUACGUGUUCAUACUGGGGAAAAACCAUUUAAUUGUCAAAUUUGUGCAAAAGAUUUUACAUCACGUGCAAUUUUAACACAACAUAUGCGUACACAUACGGGAGAGAAACCGUAUUCUUGUAAUCAAUGUCAAAAAGCCUUUAAUGAUCGGGGUAGUUUACGUAAACAUACGAGAAAUCAUAGUGGUGAGAGACCAUUUUCUUGUGACACAUGUAAUCGAAAGUUUACAAACAGUCAUAAUCUUACAAAGCAUCAGAAAACACAUCAAAAACAGCAAGAACAAAAACCGGCAGUAACUGAACCAGCACCACAACAAGUUGUAGAAUCUACACAAGUUGUGCAAGCUGUUCAACAAGUUGUAGAAGUUACAACAGCUACUCUUACUCAUGUUCAAGUGAUUCAACCAGAUGUGUACAAUUGUGAAGUUUGUUUUUCGAAGUUUACUGAUUCGAAUAGUUUAAUGAAACAUAAAUAUUGUCAUAGAGAGUUCUUCAAAUAUUGAAAGAACUCGUUGGAAGUAUAAAAAGGAUUACUGCAAUAAAUUUAAAUAGUAAAUAAUGAAAUUUAUUUUUUUAAUGUUUUCAUAAUAUUUGCUAUCACAUGUUAAAAGUUGUAAAGAGUGGUUUAUUUUAACGAAGGUAGUUGGCCGAAACGGAGGCCCGCCUGUACAUCCAAUAGGGAAUACAAUAUAAAACUUGCUAUUAUGGGAUUUCUAGCAAUUAAUGAAAAUAUCGCGUUUAAACCGUACACCAUUAAGGUACAUAGACUGAACGUCAAACGAUUUUAAGCGUGCCAACAUCUGAAGUAAUUGCUUAGGUCAAAUCCAUCAUGGUGGCGAUGUAAAAAUGUCAAAACAAAGUGUUGUUGUCAUUCAUACUGUAUUUUUUGAUAAAUGUCAUUAGCUGACCCAAACAAUUACCUCAGCAGAUGUUGGCACACCUCUCACUGUACGGAAAGAUAGGCGAUGCUCAGUCUAUGUACUAUAAUGCCAAUGGAUUAAACUCAGGCAGAAGACCUUGAUAAACUGUAACUAUAUCUGCAAGUGAUAUGUGAAAAUUAUCGGCUAACACAUUUAACAUGUUUGUAGACUGUUAAAGGAUAAAGAAUUUAUCUAACUAUUAUAUAAAAAUAUUCAGUAUUUUAUUUAGAAA